AUGCCUCAAUUUAAGCCGGCCCGAGACGCGGAUGCCACCAAAGAAGGCCAAAGCAGCGAGCAUGGCGGUCGAGCGAACUCGCAGAAAGACAUCAGUGCCACGGACGCGAGCGCGCACCAGCCCGUCGCGCACCGCACCACGAACGAGCACCACCAGACCACGCCCGAGUCCCUCCAACCGAGACCCACUGCGCGCGCGCGCGACGACGCCGCCGGCACGCGCGCCCGUGCCCUCAAGCUCGGUCCCCCGCCCGGGCCGCCGUUUUCGAAGCGGCGGCCGCCUGCGCGCGUGGACGUGACGGUCUCCCCCACUCCCGCUCCCGCUCCGACGCACCCGCGCUCCCGGAGGACGACGAGCACCGAACGUCCACCGCAGGCGAACGAUCGCAGCCAAGACGACGCCGCUGCCCACGACGCGCCCUCGGCGGGGCCCUCGGCGCGCGCACGCGCUCGACGCCGGUCUGCGUCGCCAGUGCCGGUGCGGGAGGCGCGCGGAGGCGACACGGUCGAGCGCCUGUACCAGGAGCUCGGUAUUCCUGCGGAGAAGGCGGAUGCGCUCAGGGCGUUGGGGCUAACGGACGAGCGGGUGCGGAACGGGCGGCGGCUGGGGAAGCUGCGGGAGGACUACCAGAAGGAGUUCGGGCUGGUGAUGGUGGAGAAGGGGUUCAGCGUGCUCGAUGCGUUUAUGGUGCUUUCAAGCGGCGCGGAGGCGAGACCGAGUGCGGAGUAG